AUGGCCUUGGGCGCUGCAACCAAGGCCUAUCAUGCAGGCGCGCGUUCGCCGCUCUACUUCCGCCCCUUCGGCCCUUCGGGCCUCGAAUAUCAUGUCUUGACUCCCAAGGGCAUGGUCAAGCACUCGGAGAGGCAAUGGAGAGCUCCCGAUCAUCUCAAAGACUUCUUCUGCUUGGACUAG